AUGGUAAGAGAGGUUGAUGGGCAAAUAAGUAGACCUAACCAUGUUCCUUACGAGAAGUACCGAGAACUUUUGGAAGAAACGAGUUCCCUAAAGAUGCAAGCACUUCAUAGAGAAGAGGAAAUACAGACCCUUAAGGGCAUGUUAGCUCAAAAGGACAAGGAAACGGUUCGCCUUAAAGACCAGCUGCUUCUGAGAGAUAAAACUAUUAGUAAGCUAAGGGCUUUGGUUGAGUUUGCUUGGACAGAAUUCGACAGUGCUAAGAAAAGAAAUAUAAAUCCUAAAGCUUCUGCUAUCGAGGAACAUGAAAAGGAGACUAUACAGGAGAUCAAUGGGACAGCUUCAAUUGUCAAUGAAAUUGGAAUCACAAACCAAGAUGGAGACACACCCACCUCGGCCCAUGUUUCUUCCAUUAAAGGGGAAUCUCCUUCCCUUCUCUCAACAUUCAAUGGCCCUCAACCCCCUCCAGCAGAAGCGAAAAUCCCAAGGGAAGCUCCUAACCCAUUGACAAAAGAAGCAAAACAAGAUGACAAACCCUUUGCCUCGGCACCUAUAUUCUACGUUGGACCUAUUCUCUCAGUUUCCAACUCUAAAGGCCAUUCACUCCCUCCACCUCCACCACGUCCACCCCCUCCACCUUCACGUAUGGAAGCAAACAUCGUAGGAGCAACUCCGACCCCUGUUCGUGAAUUUCAUAUCGCACCAUGUCCACCUCCUCCACGUCCAUCACCUCCACCUCCACCUAUGGAAGCAAACAUCGUAGGAGCAACUCCGACCCCUGUUCGUGUAUUUAGAGUCGCUCCAGUCCGACGGAUGGAAGCGAACAUCACAGGAGCAACUCAAACCCCUGUUCGUAUACAUCGUCCGAACAACACAGAAACAAACCCAAGCUCAUCGACGAUUAGAGUAGCCCAUCAAGAUGGAAAACCCCAUGUCUCAGCUCCCAUACCUUCUGUUGUUAAACCUUAA